UUCGGUAGCCAUUCCCUUUCCUUCCCUGCCUGCCUUUUUGAUACGUGACACGCCCGGCUGCUUGUGCUGCUGCUGCUUUAUUACAGCUUCUCCUCCUGGUGUUUCCUCCGCGCUCUCCACCAUUGCUUUUCUCCAGUCCUGACUCCUGACUCCUGACACCCAACCAACCUCCUCGGCACCAUUCCCGUCGCCCUUCCUUCCUGCCGGCAGCUACUUUCUUCUGACUUCUGCUGCGCCGCCGGCCGUGCUCGCACUCCUCCGGCGACAUGUCGAAGAAAAUCGUGGUGAAGCUGGACCUGCACGACAACAAGGACAAGCAGAAGGCCAUGAAGGCCGUCUCGGCGCUCACCGGGAUCGACGCCAUCUCCGUGGACAUGGCGUCGCACAAGAUGACGGUGAUCGGCAUGGUGGACCCCGUGAACGUGGUGAGCAAGCUGCGCAAGGCCUCGUGGGCGGCGACCAUCGACUCGGUCGGCCCGGCCAAGGAGCCCGAGAAGAAGGAGGAGGAGAAGAAGAAGGACGGGGAGGCCAAGAAGGAGGGAGAAGGCGACAAGAAGGACGGCGACGGCAAGAAGGAAGGCGAGGGGGAGAAGAAGAAGGACGGCGAGGGGGAGAAGAAGAAGGACGACGGCGACGGCAAGAAGGCGGCGGCGCCGACGGAGCAGCAGAUCCUCGAGCUGAUGAACCAGUACCGCGCCUACUACCCGCCCAUGAACACCCACUACUACGUCCAGAGCAUGGAGGAGAACCCCAACUCCUGCGCCAUCUGCUAGACCCUUGUGCCGCAUGAGGUAAUCAGCCACCAUCAGUUACCGUGUCUAGCUCACGUGUAUAUAUCCGAGUAAGAAUUACGAGACAGACGACCUGAGGUACUUGUGAACCAUGCAUGCUUGCGACGUGCAUAAAAAGGUAAAAAAAGAUAGCGCCUACUCGUGUGGUGGAUACGCAGCGUGUCUCAGUACAUAGAAGAACACGUAUGAUGGUAACUGUAUGUGUAAGUGAAACUUUGCUUUCUGAGUUAACUAGAGAUGUAAUGAUAUGUAGCUACAAUUUUGGAUUUUAA